CAUUUAAACCGAAAACAAAUGGUCAUUAUAUACCAAAUUAUGAUAAACUUCAUGAGAAAUUUUUACGUGAAACUGAACGAGCAAAACGUUUACGACCACCCACAAAAUGUGAACCAUUUUUAUUAUAUACAAAUAUGAUUCCAUCAAGAAAAGAUCGUGUACUUGAUGAUAUUCGAAAUGAUGAAGAGACACGUUAUUUACAAACAUUUCAAAUAAAAGGAAAACAAUUACCACCAAGAUCUGCAUCAGGAAUAAGUUUAUCAGCUAGUCUUCAACAACCAGAAGCUAUACCAACAAAAACAACUGAUAUACAACAAGUACGAGAAAGAAUAGGAAAGAAAAAACGACGAGAUGAAGAACUUCGAAAUAAAUUUGAAGAAAAAUUUCAACGAUCAAGAUCAGCAAAGGAAAAACAUCUAAGAGAAAGAAUUUAUGAACGAGCAAAAUCACAAGAUAAAUCAGCCAUAUAUAAAGCAAAGAAAGAAGAAAAUAUUCGUAAAAUUCGACAAUCAAUGCGUCGAAGUGAAGAUGAAUAUGCUAAAAAAUUAGAUGAAAUGAAUCAUCGUAUUGAUCGACGUCCAUUACUAAUUGAACAACAUCCAGGAGAUGCUGCUGUACGACAUUUAGAAAAAAAAAUUCAACAUGCAAUGAAUGUAGCUAAAAUAACUGAAAGAGAUUUAAUGAGAGAACGAUUUAAUCCACCAAAUGUUAAAGUAACAAAAACACGUACUGUUUAUUCUUCAUAA